UUCACCACUUAAAGCAAAGGGAGUCGGAGCAGCAGCCCCGUUCCCGAGAAUCACGUUAACUCGAACAGUACAAACACACUUCCCCCCCACCGGCGCGACGGAGCACGGCCGCAAGAGCAACGCCAACUUCCAGACCUCCAUGAGCAGCGCGCUGAACACGCAACUCCAGCGUUUCAGGGCUCGUAUCGUAAUUGCAUCUCGUGCCCGCACCGGAGCGUAUGUGGAGGUCAAACGGACGAUUCUAUGAGAAUCCCUACGCGAGACGAGACCAAGUUUGGUUGUUAGCUUAACGGGAGGCGAGAGAAGCGCGCGGGAAGGAACAGAAGGGAAGAUGGUUUGGAACGGUGCCGCAAGAGGCUGCUGGCUCUGCGUCCUCGCACUGUGGCUGGGCUGUACGUCUCCCCCUUGUAAAGCUCGGAUUUACACCAACCAUUGGGCAGUGCGGAUAGAGGGGGGACCCGACUUCGCAGAACGGAUAGCGAGCAAAUACGGCUAUAAAAAUCUUGGUCAGAUCGGUGACCUGAAGGACUACUACCACUUCUUCCACAGUCGCACGAUAAAGAGGUCCACUCUCACAAGUCGUGGCCAGCAUAGCUUCAUGUCAAUGGAGCCCAAGGUGAGCUGGGUGGAGCAGCAGGUGGUCCGGCGGAGGGUGAAGAGGGAUUACAAAGCAGUCCCACCCCCUCCCAGCCAGUCCUCCAUCUACUUCAAUGAUGCUAAAUGGAACAGCAUGUGGUAUAUUCACUGUAACGGAGACCUCCAUAACUGCCAAUCGGACAUGAAUGUGGUGGGGGCUUGGAGGAUGGGCUACACUGGGAAAGAUGUGGUGGUCACGAUACUGGACGAUGGUAUAGAGAGGAACCACCCAGACCUCAUACAGAACUAUGACAACCAGGCCAGCUACGAUGUCAAUGGCAACGACAUGGACCCUAUGCCCCGAUAUGAUGCCAGUAAUGAGAACAAGCAUGGGACACGGUGUGCAGGUGAAGUGGCAGCAUCAGCAAACAACUCCCACUGCACAGUUGGGAUCGCCUACAACGCACGCAUUGGAGGUGUGCGGAUGCUGGAUGGCGACGUGACUGAUAUGGUGGAGGCCAAGUCUCUGUCUCUGCACCCGCAGCACAUAGACAUCUACAGCGCCUCCUGGGGGCCGGACGACGACGGCAAGACUGUGGACGGCCCUGCCGCGCUCGCCAAGCAGGCCUUUGAGAACGGCAUCCGCCUGGGCAGGAAGGGCCGGGGCUCCAUCUUCGUGUGGGCCUCGGGCAACGGCGGCCGCAGCCGGGACCACUGCUCCUGCGACGGCUACACCAACUCCAUCUACACCAUCAGCAUCAGCAGCACGGCCGAGAGCGGACGCAAGCCCUGGUACCUGGAGGAGUGCGCCUCCACCCUCACCACCACCUACAGCAGCGGCGAGAACUACGACCGCAAAAUAAUCACUACGGACCUGCGACAGCGCUGCACUGACAAUCACACAGGCACCUCAGCCUCAGCACCCAUGGCUGCUGGGAUCAUCGCACUUGCCCUGGAAGCAAAUACUCUGCUCACCUGGCGGGAUGUUCAGCACAUCAUUGUGAAAACCUCUCGAGCCGGCCAUCUGAGUGCGCCUGACUGGAAGACCAAUGCAGCCGGAUACAACGUCAGCCACCUGUACGGCUUUGGACUGAUGGACGCUGAGGCGAUGGUCCGGGAGGCGGAGCGGUGGAAGCAGGUCCCUGGCCAGCACAUCUGCCUGGAGAGCGCUGACCGCCAGAUCAGGACCAUCCGUCCAGACCAUGUGGUGCGCUCGGUGUACAAGGCCACGGGCUGUGCGGAGAGCUCCAACCACCACGUCAUCUACCUGGAGCAUGUGGUGGUGCGCAUCACCAUCACCCAUCCCCGCCGAGGAGACCUGUCCAUCAACCUCACCUCCCCCUCAGGGACCAAGUCCCAGCUGCUCGCCAACAGGCUGUUUGACCAUUCCAUGGAGGGCUUUAAGAACUGGGAGUUCAUGACCACUCACUGUUGGGGCGAGAAGGCAGCAGGAGACUGGAUCCUGGAGAUCACAGACUCCCCCUCACAGCUCCGCAGCCAGAAGGCACCAGGGAAGCUAAAGGAGUGGUCCCUGGUGCUGUAUGGCACCUCCGUGCACCCGUACUCCGGCCGCAGUGACAAGCCGCGCCACGUGUCUGCCGUGGAGCAGCCCGCUGACGAGGAGCUCCACGAGGAGUACAACGGUGUCUGUGACCCAGAGUGCAACAAGGGCUGUGAAGGCCCUGGUCCCCAGCAGUGCAUUAACUGCCUGCACUACUUCCUCAAGUUCAAGAACAACACCAGGACGUGCGUGUCCGAGUGUCCGCCGGGCUUCUUCCCCGACGACCGGCAGCGCUGCAAGAAGUGCUCGGCCCUGUGCGAGUCGUGCGUGGGCAGCCGCAGUGACCAGUGCAGCACGUGCAGACAGGGCUUCUACCUGAAGGAGGGGGCCCAGACCUGCGUGCCCACCUGUCCUGACGGCUUUUACCUGGACCAGGAUUUGAAGAAGUGCCGAAAAUGUCAAGAGAACUGCAAGAAGUGCACAACUGCAAACGUCUGCCUGGAGUGCAAGCCUGGACUUAGUCUUCAGGACACGCGUUGUCAGCUGGCAUGUCAGCCGGGCACCUACUAUAACGGGCACAGACGAGCGUGCGAGCCAUGCCACUCUGCGUGUGCAACAUGUGCUGGUACAGGAAUGGAGGCGUGUCAUGAGUGUGCAGAGGGCUACUACCUUGAGGACUGGAGGUGUGUGUCCAGCUGCAGCGUUGGCUACUACAUGUCCGAGCAGAAGGGCGAGAACGGAGACAUCCAAAAAUCGUGCCGCAAGUGUGACUCCACGUGUUUCUCCUGCACUGGGUCGGGCGAGCGGAACUGUAGCACCUGUGUGAACGGCUACAACCUGGAGGACGGCGUGUGUGUGGUCAGCACUAUCUGCAAAGAUGCAAAUGAAGAGUCGUGGGCUGAGGGCAGCUUCUGUGUUCUGGUGAAAAAGAACAAUCUGUGCCAGCGAAAGGUUCUGCAGCAGCUGUGCUGUAGAACGUGUUCCUUAAAGGGCUGAGGGGGGU